GCGUCGGCACUUGCCGUAUGGCAAUUGAUGGGAGACUAACAGCACAGUUGGAUCAUAUUACGCAGUCACAGAAGCUGGAGUCCUACUUGGUCUAAUCCAGUUCCAAGUGUUGGCAUUAGGGGUUUGACUCGUCAUGGUCAAGGAGCUGCGACGAGGAUUGGAACAUCCCACCCACGCGAAGGGUCCAGUGCGUACAUCCAAAUCCUGGAACACACUCCCUUCGGAUAUUAUACACGAAAUUGUUCACUACCUCAUCCCGUGUCACUUGUAUCCUGGGGAUGAUGGCUACACAUCUUCUUUCCGUCAAUUUGUGACGAGUUACAUCCAGAAACGUGCCGCUUUGGCAUCUCUCGCUCUCGUCUCCUGCAAUUGGGUCGACCCUGUGAUGCGUGGCCUCUAUCGUAAAAUCGCAAUAUUCAUUUGCACUGAAGCCUCCGUAUAUUCUCUCCGCGAAUCACUCAAGUCCCAUGGGAACCUCGUUCGAACCAUCAUUCUCGACUCUCGAAUUCGUCAUUUGAAGGACCGACCAUCUCUCAUUGACCACUUUCCCGAUCAGCUGGCUCGGUUCAAUCAGAGGGCUAUACUGGUGAACGGGAUUAUCGCAUCAUGUUCGCACCUGGUGGGCUUGGAGAGUUUUGGCUGGUACCAUGAUGCCUUUGCCGAACUCGCCCAGUUCAAUGACAACUUUGAGACUGUCGUCGCUCCUUCAACCUCCAUGAAACAUUUUACGUGGACGAGUAGGUGUUAUUCACACGGGUUGCGCUGUGCUCUCCAGCACCUUUCUCGGACAUUAGAAACCUUGAUUAUUUAUGAAUGGGAUCCAAUCACUCCUAUGUCCAUAUUCGGUCGGCCUUUCACUCCCAUCUCGCGCCUCCCUUCUCUUCCACGACUUUCAGAAAUCCGUCUUAAGAAAACCUCAGGCCCCAAAUUGCUCCAUAUGCUUGAGCUUCUUAAAAGUACAGAAUGUGUCGGGAACGAUGAGAGUGUUACUUCCCGUUUACGUGUGCUAGAAGUGCAGCGGCCAGACUAUUUAACGCCCAAGGAUUUCUUAUGGAUGAUACAGACGACAAAAGCAUUUUCCAAUCUCAGGACGUUGAUCCUCACCUGUCGUCCGGUCGGCUCAGACCAGUUCCCUAUCACCAAAACAUGGGAGUGGCAUGACUAUUCCGAACUCCCUUGUGCACUUUUCCAAAGCUCCCCACAUUUAGAAGAGCUCUCGCUCCUCAGUCCAAUUCCACUCUCUUCAUUCUCCAAACCGCCUGAAACACUUCGCGUAUUGCGCACCCUGAUUUGGCGGAGUUAUUUUGGGCCGCAUGAAUUCAUGCGCUUCCUGAACUCUCCAUCGAGUCGAAAUCUGAAGCUUAUCGAGCUACAGCACACCUCGAGGACGGCGAUGGCGAAGUGGAAAGUUGAGAUGGAAACUGUGUUGCAAGUCGGACGUCGUCUUGGGAAAGAUAUCAUCAUCCCGACUGAAAUUUAUCCCGAGCCCCAAUUUAGACAACCUGGUGCGAUAAUAACCAGAAUCACGCGACAACCUACGGUGACAAUAAAAUGGGAGAAAGUGCUGGGGUUAACAUUGGGCCCCCCAUUCGAAUGCCACGAUGAUCGGACUCGAAAUCACCCUCUGGAUCUUACCCGUUUAUCACGUCAACUUGCUUUGCCCUUUGUUGAGACUCAGCCUGUUCCUGUUUCUCCUCGUUCUCACCUUCUGAUCCCACCUGUGCCUCUCGUUUCAUCUGAUUUGUGGUACUCGAGAGCUUGGACAAAAAACAUUUCCUUAGUACAGACCCCCCACCACGCCGGAACAGGUGCACGCGAACAAGAAGUAGCCAUUCUUGAUGUCGAGGGUCACUGGGAUACGGGCCCCAUCCUUCUCACUUCCCUAUUCCUUGGUGGGUAUGAUUGCUACCACCGGUAUGGUAUUACCAAUAACCGAAGGGUAAUUCUGACUGUGGGCCUUUUCAAACAAAUCUUGAGGUUGUGUCCGCGAUCCUAGCCCGCAGUAUCAUCCAAUGAUGGCUUGCAAAAGUUCAGGUACUGAUGCUAUUGCGGCGGGGUUCCGCGAUAAUGAUCAUCAGGAUUUAAUGAAUAUCCGGUGCAGAGAACCGCUGUCGCCACUGAAUGAUGCAUGUUGUCGUCCACUAUUGCAUCUUCUUGUA